GAAGUUAUUGGUCGAUAUAUUUUUCCACUGGUGGAAAGAUUGCUUCGCGAUGUGUCAGACUGCUCGACUCAGCUGUCAGUCGGUGGAAUGUCAAAUUGCUACGGUGAUUUUUUUUCUAUUGCCAAAAAUUCCUCCUUUACGAGUGCAUAGAAAGGUGAUCAAAAUGUACACAACUAUUCUUUAUUUAUUGUGAACGUAAAACUGCAAAAGUUGUAUCACUCAAUCACGCUUGCAGAGCAAUAGUUGUAUCGCGCACAAAACGACAGUGAAAGCAGCAACAGCAACAAACUUACCCGGACGUCGAGGCACAACAGGCACGGUAACACCCGAACCACACAAUAAGCUUCCGAUAUGGCCGAAAAGUAUCUUAAAAUUGGUCAACGAGUCGAGCUGACCGGCAAGGAAGUACGUGGCACGAUCGCGUACGUCGGUAUGACCUCUUUUGCGGUCGGUAAAUGGGUUGGCGUAAUAUUGGAUGAAGCUAAAGGGAAGAACAAUGGAUCGAUAAAAGGACAUCAAUAUUUUUCGUGUGAGGAAAACUAUGGCAUGUUCGUACGGCCAACCCAGCUGGUAUUUAUCGAUGACGCUGGUAAUGCAAUCGAGGAUGCACAAACGCCAGACGAGAAGCCACGGUCCCGAUUGAGCAGUGCUAAGCGUGCAACCGGCAGAGUACCUGCGGGUUCAGUUCGAUCACUCGCCUCAAUGCCUGGAUCGACACAAACGUUUACGGCCAAGCCAACAGCGGUACGCCGAAAGUCUCCGGUCAAGCAGCCGCAAACGAAGCGUGCCUCCAUGACAAUGACACUGUCAACAUCCAGCUCUAGGAUGUCGCUCAACCGAAGCACGAGUUCGCUCGGUUCGAAAACGCAACUAACCUCACCGGGCAGCGAACGGGCAUCGGGACAAUCGUCCAUCCCGACACCGGUAUCGUCCAUUCCGACGAUGGUGAAGCCCGACCGACACGAACCCCUGCAACGAUCGCACAUGAGCCCACCGGAAUCGCUCCAAACCUCCAAGCGUGCAUCAUUCGUCGAAACCGGCUUUGUGGAAACACUUAAACCACAGUUCACCCCGGGACAGUCGCUCAUCUCCCCAUCACCAGCUCCAACGCCCGCACCCGGCUCGUCGACCGAGGAUCGCAUUCACAUCCUUCAGUUGCAACAGGAGCUGGAAGAGAUGCGAAAGCUCAACAGCGAUCUUAGCGAAAAACUGGAAACGCUCAAACAACGCCGAGCGGAAGAUCGCGAACGGUUGCGCGAGUUCGACAAGAUGAAAACGCAGUACGAGCAGCUGGUGGAGUUUAAAAGCAAAAUCAUGGACGCUCACUCGCAACUUCAGCGCGAGCUGCAGCGUGCGAAACAGGAAGCCAAGGAUGCAAUCGAGGCACGAGAUUUACACAGCGAAGAAAUGUCCGAGCUGGCGGAGAAUGUCGAACUGAUCACGCUCGACAAGGAGAUGGCGGAGGAGAAGGCCGACACGCUAGCGCUCGAGCUUGAAACGGCAAAGGAGCGCAUCGAAGAGCUGACAUUAGAUUUGGAAAUUUUGAAAACGGAAAUGCAAGAAAAGUUAGGCUCGACCGGUACAGCAGCCGGUGCCGGUGUAAUCGGUGGUGACGGUUCAGCCGUUGCUUCAACCUACGAGUUCAAGCAACUGGAGCAACAAAACGCACGCCUACGGGAAACGCUAGUACGCUUACGCGAUCUUUCCGCGCACGAAAAGCACGAAAUCCAAAAGCUGGAAAAGGAACUGGACACGAAAAAAUCGGAAGUUACCGAGCUGCAGCGCACGAAGGAAAAGUUUUCCGCCAAGAUUGACGAGCUGGAGGCACAGCUGAGCGAUCUACAGGAGCAGGUCGAUGCAGCGCUCGGUGCGGAAGAGAUGGUCGAGCAGCUAGCCGAAAAGAAGAUGGAACUCGAAGACAAGGUAAAAUCACUCGAAGAAGAGGUGGCCGAACUGGAAGCGCUCGAGGAAGUACAUGAACAGCUGGUCGAAAGUAACCACGAGCUGGAGAUGGAUAUGCGCGAGGAGCUUGACCUGGCGCACGCUGCAAAACGCGAAGCAAUGCGUGAAAAAGAUGCCGCCCUGGAGACGAUCGUUGAUCGCGAUCAGACGAUACUGAAAUUCCGCGAACUUGUCCAGCGGCUGAACGAACAGUGUCAGGAGUUGCGCGAACGUUUAAGCCACGAAUCGACCAAGCAGCAGCAGCAACAGCAGUCUAAGGAUACGGCCCUUAUUACUGAAACGAUCGACUUCAAGCAAAUGUUUGCCGAAUCGAAGGCGUUCACGCGUGCGAUCGAUCUCCAGCUGCGCCAGAUCGAGCUGACACAGGCGAACGAACACGUGCGCUACCUGACCGCGUUCAUGCCGGAUGUGUUCAUGGCACGGGGUGGUGAUCACGAUGCCAUUCUUGUGAUACUGCUCGUUUCGCGCAUCGUCUUCAAGUCCGGCAUCAUUGUCAGCCAAGCGCGGGAACGGUUUUCCAAUGUGCCACAGAUGGAUCGGGCCGCCAUUCUGACAGGGCACGAGGUGGCACAGUUUGGGUUCCGGUCGCGUUUGCUACACCACGUACACAAUCUGCAGAGCAUUAUGCAUCAGUUCCUGUUUAGCAUGACGGGCUGCAAGGCAGACACGCUGCUCAAGAUCGGUGCGGCCCUGCCAGAGAUGCAGGCACAAGAAAAGAUGGUGGACGAAAUUGUCGAUCUGCUGAAGGCGAACCAGCUGGAUGAAAAUUCCUCCACGGAUAAUCUUGAAAAGUGUGUAACAUUCUUCAAUGCAAUGUACGUGGUACUGCUAACUGGAGAGGAUCUCGUCAACGAAACGCAAAUAGUGCGCGAUUGUACUGCAUCGAUCGGUGCGGCAUGUGAUUCGAUCGCGAAUGAUUCUACCAUCGUUAAGAUAUUGAUUAAGCCCGGAGAUGAAACCAGCGACUCUGGACUGCUUCUGCAGUACAUUCUACAGAACGUGGAGAACAUACGGCAGCAACUAAAGCUCGUCAAACGUCGCCUGCCGCAGGAUGUCGCUAUCACCAAGUGCAACCUUUCGAUGAACACGCUGCGCAAUCUGAAACGCACCGCCGAAGCACUGAACAAGGUGAUGAGUGUACUGUUCUACGCUACCCGCCAAUGUCUCCAGCUGGUGACGGUGGAUCCCGAAACGGAAACGUCCGUACCGCAAGACAAGCUGUGGGAAAUCCUUUCGAACGGUUGCGAGAAAGUGUACGAACAGGAUGAUCUCGGUCCGUCACAAAACGUGCGCAAUGUGCUCUCCGCGGCCAGUACUGAUAUGGGCCAGCUGGCACAGUAUCUGCUGGAUCAUGAGUACGAAAUCAUUUCGGCAACGAACACCGCCAAACCGGAGGAGAAACCGGUCGCACCGAUUAUUCUGCGUGCGCAGGCAGUGAAGAAACAGCUGGAAGAAACCAAGACACUGACGGCAACGCUCGAAAACCGUGAGGCGGAAAUACGACAGCUGAAGCUGGCCGCUAAGCUGAAGCAGAACGAACUGUCCGAGAUGCAGAUACGGAAGGAUUUGGCCGAGAAGAAGCUGUCCGUGUUGCAGCAGGAUCACGAAACGAACACUACGCGGUUGCAGAAACAGUACGACGAAGUGUGCGGCAAGUUGAAACAGAAAGAGAAAGAGUUUGAAGAAACGAUGGACCACUUGCAGAGUGAUAUCGAUUCAUUGGAGAGCGAAAAGAGCAGCUUGCGCGAUAAGUUGAAAUCGUUCAGCUCGCGUAAGGUGGACCUUAAGACGACGACUGCACUGGAUAUUUCGGCCAGCUCGCCUUACAUCGCCCAGGAAUUGUCGCUGCUGAAGCGUGCGUUCAAGGACGAACGAACCGAACGGUUGAAGGUACAGGCGAACGAGUACCGAAAGAUCCUUUCCGGGCUGGAACCGUUGCACGUACCGCAGCCAAAGGAUGAUCGUAUCCAGGAGCUGGAACAGAAGAUAACGCGCGUCAAGCAUGAUCUGAUCAUGUCGCUGGUGAAGGGUGCAGAAAUACCGUCCACCCAUACGGUGCACGGUAGCGUCUCCAAAUCGAUCCUCGACCACGAGAAUCAUCAGAAGCAGCAACAAACGCAGAUACGCGCGAAAGCGGAACAGUUGGCAUGUGAUGUGAUGCAGGAAUAUCUCAACAGAAAACCACACCGUGCGGCUAAGGCCGAUUUUGCUUCCUUCCCAUCGAAUGAACUGUCGGCGGCAUUUCGUGUAAACGUGCGGGUGUAAAAGCGAUAGUUUUUAUUAAGCUUAAAAGUGAUUUACUCAGGAUUGACGGAGGUUGGCUUAAUUCGCUUACUUUUUGGUCAGUUCGAAUGCGCGCGCAAUGCUCACGGGAAAAUCAGUCCUGGAUUUUUUUGUUGUUAUUCUUAUUUAUUUGAAAGUUUUGCGAGCUUAGGCGCGUUUCGAUGUACGUAAUAUUGAUAUAGUCCCAUUAAAUCAAAACACAUUGUGCAGCAACCAUGAAAAGACACCGUGCAACUAGUGCUAAUCGGUCACGGAAGUCACAAUCACUAGCUCUGGUGGUGGGGAAGUUCAAACCGCAACAGACCAGCUGUGUGCCUUCCCUAGCGCACCAUAGGACUGACUAUUCAGUUAUAGGUAAACAAUUUAAAGAAAGGCGCAGACCAACAUUAUAAAACCGAAACAAGUAAAGAAAGCUUUCUUAGUUAGUUUUAGUUUUCUAAGUAAAAGGAGUUAAGCUAAAGCCGAUUUGUUUCAUUUUUGUGUGUUUGUAUUUAGUUAGUUUUCAGUUUUUAAAAUCGUGGAAGCUUAAAAAUUGUGAAUUAUUUAACGUGUAGCUUACUUACAUUCAUAAGGGUCAAUCGUGAAGCAGAGCAAAACAGUUGCGCGUAACAAAAUUAUAAUGGAAUCCCCCUCUCAUGUACACCAUUCCUUUCUGCUUCCCUGCUGUGGCAGCAACAUGUUAAUAAACCCGUCGUGAUAUGAAUACUAACAAAAAA